CGGCGGCGGUGCAGUCAGCGGGCGCCCGAGGGGGGCUGCGGGCCCGGCCCGGGCGCUGCCUGCUAGGGCGUCUCCCGGCCCGUCGCUUAUUUAACUCCGGGGGCGGGGCGGGGCGGCGCUUACACAACAGUCGGGCGGCGGCGGGAGCGGCGCCAUGUCCUGGUACCGGAACACCGUGUGGUUCCUGAAGGGGCUGCGGGAGUACACCAGGAGUGGCUAUGACUCUGCAUCCAAACACUUUGUUCCGGCAGAUUUGGAGGUAAAUGUAACUGGAAGAUCCUUCAUGAUUACUGGAGCAAACAGUGGUAUUGGCAAAGCAACUGCAACGGAGAUAGCAAAGAGAGGUGGCACACUUCAUCUGGUUUGCCGAAAUAAAGAGAGAGCUGAAGAAGCUAAAAGAGAAAUAACAACAGAAACUGGUAAUCAGAAUAUCUUUUUGCACAUUCUGGAUAUGUCUAAUCCCAAGGGAAUUUGGGAGUUUGCUGAAAAAUUCAAGGCUGAACAUAAGUUAAAUGUCUUGAUCAACAAUGCAGGCUGCAUGGUAAACAAGAGAGAACUAACAGAGGAUGGACUUGAAAAGAACUUUGCUACAAAUACCUUGGGUACAUACAUUCUCACAACUGCUCUACUGCCUUUGCUGGAAAAAGAAGAUGAUCCCAGAGUUAUAAUUGUCUCUUCAGGAGGGAUGUUGGUGCAGAAAUUAGAUGUAUCUGAUUUGCAGUCUGAAAACAUAACAUUUGAUGGUACUAUGGUCUAUGCCCAAAACAAGAGACAGCAAGUAGUCUUGACAGAACAAUGGGCUAAAGUGCACAAAAACAUCCAUUUCUCUGCCAUGCAUCCUGGCUGGGCAGAUACACCAGCGGUGAGAUCAGCGAUGCCAGAAUUCUAUGAAAAGAUGAAGAAUAAACUGCGCACAGAGGCUCAGGGAGCCGAUACAGUAGUGUGGCUGGCAGUCUCACCUGCAGCAGCUAAGCAAACAAGCGGCCUAUUCUUCCAAGACCGGCAACCUGUUUCUACCCACUUGCUCCUGGCAAGAACAUAUUCUUCACCAGAGGAGGAAGAGAAGCUAAUAAAAACUUUAGAAGAGCUUUCCCAGAAAUUUAAACCCACUUGAUCAUGUCUUCUGUAGGCAUUUAUCACCACCCAAUUGAACAGAAAUGAAGCUUUGAAUUAGAAUACUAGCAGAAUUGUAUUUCACCUGUUACAAAUAUGAGGGGAAGAGAACAAGUUUGCUACAACUAAUAUACUUAAGCAGAAUCACACUUCACCUUUUAUAACAAGUUGUAAUGUAUACUGUUAGUGCAGGCUUUCAUAAGAUAGCAUAAGCUAUUGAGCAGUUGAAUAUGAAUUCAGAUUUUGCUCCCCUGAAGUCCUACCUCUGUCUGUCAUACAGUAGAGUACAUGCACCUUGCUUCAAGUAUGUAAAGGAAACAUCAGAGGGAGGUAUUUCAGCAUUGGGUUGCUCAUAUGUGCCUGUAACAAACAAGUUCUAGCCUAGCACUAUUACUAAUUAGUGACUGCCCCAUAAACUUGUGUGGCUACAAUCAGUUAGUGCUUGGUUAGACUUUACCUCUCCUAUCUAGGUUUUGCUAGUGUCAGUAUUCUCAACCACUGCUUUAUAAUAGUAGAGGAGUGGGCUGUAGGUGGAAAAGAAAGGUCAAAGUACUUUUUCCAAGACCAGAAGUGCUAGACUGCUAUUUGGAAAGCCUAUUCUAGUCCUUUUCAAUCUGAUUUUUCUAACUGAUCUUUUAUUUAUAGCAAACUACUUUUCUUCUUUGGAGGCUAAACCAGUACCUUUCCCUCUAUAUAUGCUGUAUUUUAGAGCUAAGAACCUUCUCUCCUGUAUGGGGGCAAGGGGUAGUCUGCUUAUGGGGCUGUAGACACUGUUUGGAGUGUCUUUCCUUUCAUAAGGCCUGUUCCUACAAAGGUCUAUAAUAGUUUAACUGAACCAGCAAGUGUUACACAAUUCAUGUAAACAGUCAGGUUUAAGGCCUUGAGAUUUUCUGUAAACUAAUUACUGAAAACAGGAGGAAGUAGACCACUAUUUUCUGUGUAGGCAGCUCUGCAGCUGUUGCCAAAUUCCUGCUGCUUGACUCAAUGAACAGGGAGGAAAUACUAUUCCAUUCCAGCCUCAAGGGGUUGGAGCUUUGAUUUAAGGAAGCACAGAGCCACAUACCAAAGUGAAAACCUAAUCUGGAUGGGAGCUUGCCUUCAGCAAUGGUAAUGACAAUGCUUGAAAAUAGCUGUACCUUUACAGCCAAGAGAAUGAAAGGAGAAACUAGUACAUGCUUGUUACAUAGGUGGCACCUAAAGGCUUUACUACAGCUUUAACAUAAGGGUGCACACAUCAUAGCUUCUAUAUGCUGCGCUUACUGCAUGUAACAGGACUAGUUACAUUCCACCCUCCAUUUCAGGGACUCACUGAAAUCCCCCUCGCAAGGAUUCUGUAUGUCUCCCAUACCAGCAUCUCAGUACAUCCUCUAGUGAUCAUGUUACAUUCAGACAGAAGUGCUGGCUAGUUGAGUGCAAGGCCAUGCAAACUCAGCUAAUUAUGGGAGGUAACUAAAAGGUUAAAUUCAUUUUAGCUGUGUACAUUCAGAAUUGAUGGAAUAUGCUGAAUAAGACAAUUGAAGUGCAAGCAGGGGGAACUAAUGAACUUUAGAAUUAGCAAAGUAUUGGUCUGCUUAAGGCAACAUGGACACAGCCACACUGCAAAAGCAGUAAAAUUUUGAACAGCAGUAGUUUGAUUGCCUAUAGGCAACACCAGUCUUUGGCAGUAAACUUUUUAUAACAAGCCUUUGAAAAUUACAAAAGAAAUAUUAUUCUAACAUACCUUAUUGAGACUGUUAAACUAGAACCUGUAUAUAAAAAAUAAUUAGUUCUCAGCUAGCAGCAAGAAUACUACCUUUAAGGCUUGUCUACACUGCAUGGCAAAGUCCUCGGGGGGAGGGGGUCCACAGGUUAGAGGAGGUAGUUGUAGAGCACUGUAACUGCUCAAUGUAGAUACUGCUGGCAUGUUCUAAAAGGUACUUAGUUUGCAUUAGUCCUCUGUCAAUAAGACCCCCUCUAGAACACUUUGCUGCCCUGCAGACAAGCCCAUAGUUUACUAGCGAUAUCAAAGUGAGUGAGUUGUCUUUCUGGGCUAUAAAGAUUGAUCACUUGAGGCCAUGCUACUGCCCAAAGGAGAAUUAAUUAUGUCUAGAUUUUAAAUGUUAUAAGGAAGCUUUCACAAAAGAGGUGUCCCAGCUGUGUAAAGUGCACAUAGUUUAAAAAAGGAGUAUGCUGUAAGGUCCUUUACAUUUGUGUUCAAAAGCAUCCAAAUUAGGACUGAACACUGAUAUAAAGAAACUUGUGUUUCCAGUCUGCUCUCUAUAUGUCAAAAUACAGUCAAAUGAAAACAUUAUCUUAGUAGUAUAACAAGCUUCUAGCAAGAUACUGAGUAGUAGAUGUUAGAAUACAGAUAUUCAGGCCUGCCUGUAAAGGUCUAUAUACUUUAAGAACUUAGGUGUAUUUUUAAUCACUUAGCUAGUUAUAGAGGUAUGAAACAAAU